GCAGCCCCUGACACGCGACACACCGCAGACCGACAUGAAGCUCCUGGUGGUGCUGGCGCUGCUCGCGGCCGCCGCCGCUGAAGACAAGAGCCCGGCCGAGGACUCGCAGGCCCAGGCGUCCACGGCGACCGGCGACAAGCUGGAGAAGCGAGGCACGGCCAAGCAGACCGGGGUUCCGACCUCGCUGAGCGCCGACCCCUCGCAGUACUCCGGCUACCAGGCGCAGCAGUACCUGCAGCAGUACCUGCAGCCCCAGGCGCAGCCGCAGCCACAGCCACAGGUGCAGCAGCAGUACCUACAGCUGCAGCCACAGGCGCAGCAGUACCUGCAACAGGCCUACAGCGCCGCGCAGCCUCAGCAGGACCUCAGCUACCUGGCGCACGCCCGCUACCAGCAGCCUCAGUACUUCCUCCCCCCUCCUCAGCAGCAGCAGCUGCAGUACUACCUGCCUCAGCAGCAGCAGCAGCAGCUGCAGUACUUCCUGCCCCCGCAGCAGCAGCAGUACUACGUGAUGAUGCUGGUGCCCGGACCGGCGCUGGGGUACCUGCCAGAGCAGCAGGUUCCCCGGCCCUUGUACCAGCCGUCCAGCCCGCCUCAGCAGCAGCUCAGCUACCUGUCUCAGCAGCACGCCGCCAAGGGCCAGGCGCAGUCGUCGCACGUCAAGGGCUGACCCCCUGACCACAGGAGCGGGCCGUCACGUGACUGCAGCGGAGGUGUCCUCGUCACGGGACCGUCACACGUGACACGUUCUGCGACCGCCACCAGUCAACUUUGUUAAUACUGUUGUUUUAUUUUAUUUUAUUAUACAAAAAAAAUAAAUAAAAGGUCAUGCUUAAAAACA